AUCACUCCCCAAAUGUCAGGACUUAAUCAAACUGAAACCAGGAGCCAGGAAUUCCAGCAGGGUACUGGACUGGCAGCCGGGACCCAGCGACGGGGCUGUCGCCCGCAGCCUCUGGGGACACGCAUGGGUGGGUAGCUGGAAUGGAGAGUGGAUCUGGGACCAGAGCCCAGGUUCUCUGAUACCGGAUAUCGACUUGACCUCUGCGCCAAAUGCCCGGUCUGGACUUCAAAAACAAGGGAGCGCAGAAGCCCAAGGUCUCUUCUUGCUCCUCUGCAAAAACCUGCAUGCUGUUUCUGAACACUUCUGCAUGAAAAUGCCUGCUCUAUCUACUUGGGGUGCUCCUCCUGUUUGGGCAGAGACUCCAACAAGGCCCCCUCUCCUCGCCCCUGGGACACAGGGAGGGCUCUCGAAGAACCUGCAAUGAUCUACCCCUUCUAAAUUACUGUAGUACCAACACCACGGGUGUAUGAAACCCACAAUAUUCCUUCUCCUGCCCGGUCCCUAAUCGUCCUCUCUGCUUUCUCUGGCAAGACCAGCUCCCGGCUGUUUGCAAGUCUGCGGGAGACUUUGGGAGUGAAAUAAGAUUCAGAUGAGAAAGACUACAAGUCCCAAAAUGCAAUUGCACCUCCCAAAGACUACUAUUCCCAGUGUGCAAUGGAAAAGAACCUCGAGGCGGGCUGAAAAGUUUGUCUUCCAGUUAAGCUCUGGCGGACUUUGAGAAAGGCCCCAGAGGGUAUUUUUUCCCCGUCCCUCCCUAAAUCCCUGUGAGGAAGGGGAGGAGUGUGAGCCAGGUCACGCCCCUUUCCACUGCAAGAUCCUGGAGUCGUUCCCAGCCGGGAGGCUGGAAGUUGGAAAAACAGGAGCAAGAGAGCCGCACGCCCAAACUUUCCGGAUGGUUUCGGUGACCAGAUCCGUGUUUGGGGAGCUGCCCUCGGGCGCGGGCACGGUGGAGAAAUUCCAGCUGCAGUCAGACCUGCUGAGGGUGGAUAUCAUCUCUUGGGGCUGCACCAUCACGGCCCUGGAAGUGAAAGACAGGCAGGGGAGAGCCUCAGACGUGGUGCUUGGCUUUGCCGAGCUGGAAGGAUACCUACAGAAGCAACCAUACUUUGGAGCAGUGGUCGGGAGGGUGGCCAACCGAAUUGCCAAUGGGACAUUCAUGCUGGAUGGGAAGGAAUUUCAUCUGCCCAUCAACAAGGGGCCCAACAGUCUGCACGGAGGACUCCGGGGCUUUGAUAAGGUGCUCUGGACCCCUCAGGUGCUGGCCAAUGGUGUGCAGUUCUCCCGCGUCAGUCCAGACGGUGAGGAGGGCUACCCUGGAGAGUUAAAAGUCUGGGUGACGUACACUUUGGAUGGAGGAGAGCUCAUGGUCAACUAUAGAGCCCAGACCAGUCGGACCACACCGGUCAGUCUCACCAACCAUUCUUAUUUCAACCUGGCUGGCCAGGGUUCUCCAAAUAUAUAUGACCAUGAAGUUACCAUAGAAGCUGAUGCUUUUUUGCCAGUGAAUGAAGCCCUUAUUCCUACAGGAGAAGUUGCUCCAGUGCAAGGAACUGCCUUCGACCUAAGGAAGCCGGUGGAACUUGGGAAGCACCUGCAGCAGUUCAGCAUCAAUGGCUUUGACCACAAUUUCUGCCUGAAGCAAUCCAAAGAAAAACAUUUCUGUGCAAGGGUGCGUCAUGCUGCAAGCGGGCGGGUACUAGAAGUGUACACCACCCAACCUGGGGUCCAGUUCUACACGGCCAACUUCCUGGAUGGCACGCUGAAGGGCAAGGGCGGAUCAGUCUAUCCCAAGCACUCUGGUUUCUGCCUGGAGACCCAGAACUGGCCUAACGCAGUCAACCAGCCCAACUUCCCUCCUGUGCUGCUGAGGCCCGAGGAGGAAUACAACCACACCACCUGGUUCAAGUUUGCUGUGGCUUAAGGAAAUGUGCACACUUGAUCCUGCAGAGAGCAGACCAGGAGCCCCCUCCGCAGCCGUCUCCAGUCUAGAGAUGGGGGCGAAGACUGAGAGGCCUCCCAAGCAAUCCCACAAAUUAUAAUUGUAUGAAUGGUAGCCGACUAGAUAAUCAGUCUGAAUGAGGAUUUCCUUUCCCAAGCCUGACUCCAGGCCAUGUCUAACGAUCAGCUCUCCCAGGCAAGUAAAUUCCAACCACAAGUGUCACCAGCUGAUGCCCAGAAGUCUUAGGCUGCUAUUGGUUCCAUCUCUUCCCCACACCGUGUUCUUUCCUACUGCCCACUCUUCCUUUGAUGCUGCUAUUGUCAUUUUUCCCUCCUCCUGUGCCCACAACCCCUUUCAAAUCAAGAGUGAUUUCCAAAAGUUGUGCCAGCUUAUUUAGCACACCACCAGAUGGGACUCUGUGCCUCCAGGAGGCAAGAGAUGGUUAAGGGGAGAGCCUGAUGGAGUUUCAGGCUCCUGGCUUCAGCCCCACCCAGCCCUGGUGGCUGAAACCAGAGAGCAGAAGCUCAGGCCCAGAGAAAGAGAGAGACCUGCCACAAGCUACUACAACUGUUAGCCAGGACUUGACUUCUGGUCAUGCCAACUCACGUCAUUGUCUUUGCUUCCACCAGAGCCUUUCCAGGGUCACUGAGGGGCAAAAAGGAGUAUGAGCCCUGCUCUGUUAGAGCCAACUUCUCUUCCCAGAGCCACUUUUGCAGGAAGUAUUAGGUUGAAGUGAGCUCUUAGCCUUCAAAGUGAAGUCACUUCGGGGGAAAAGAUCAAAAUGUCCACAAAGAACCAUUUAAGAAUCUGCCUUUGGGGUUAACUGAGAAAGCCCUGCCCAGCCAAAGCAAGCACAGGAAACAAGUCCUGGGAGCUGUGCUAGGGUGAGGCCAGCGUCAACCCCCUCCCUCGGCCAGCUCCCCAUGUGCCAGCCCAGUGAGGGGCACACGUCGCACAGGGAGCAGAUGUAGCUAAGUGGAUGAGGCUAGGGGCUCUUCCUUUUCUGGGCCACAUAAUCAUCAGUGAUGGGUAUGGGUUGUUGAUUUCCAAAUAUAUUUGUACCAUUUCUCUACCACAAUCAGUUGAAAUAAAGCCAAAAUCUGACUCUU